UGUCAGUGUUCGUUCGUUUUCCACUUCUCUCUGCAAGGAGAAAUUGGGAAAAUCAUAUCUCAAUGUUCCGGCGGAAAAUGCCGGCUGACUUUGUGGAGAAAAUUCCAGAAUCUCUGCAACAAGUGGCCCUCGCAGUGCCCCCAAUCGAUGACAAUUUCGAUCCAGACGCCACACCAGAGACUGGCGAGCAAUAUCUUCAGCAAGUGAUCUUCGAGAGGACACGCAGAGUCCCAGAAGUUGUCUACAAUCACCACGAUCGACCUCCGGAUAAGUGUGGCGUGACAUGGGACUCCUCUUCAGGCGCUCCAAUCGACACCACCACGCCCGAGAGCCUCCUGCCCACGAAUGAGUGGUGCUCAAUUCAGUGCGACACUUUCCGCCGCAUCCAGAGGCGCAUCUCCUCCAUUCGCCUCUCCCGGCGAUUCCCAUACAAUCUGCCUAGUCUUCCCAGUGACUGGCUGGCCUUCUGCAGUACCCAAGCGCCCUAUCUCAGGUGCAUGAUCCAGAUCAGCCAGGCGAGGCUUGAGGAGCUGCUGCACGUCUUUGUUGAGUGGCACCUGUCCAGGAGGGCGCAGCUGGCGGACGUGUGGCUGCCGCAGUGGAUCUACGCCACCUUGGCGUGCCUCCAUCAGCCCCUAGAACCCAGUAUUCAUCACUGCCUGCGACAAGUGGCGCGCAUUUGUAUUGAGGAGAGGAAUUCUCUGUCUCCGGACUGCAUCAAUCAAGUGAAUCCCCUGAAUCUGAUUGUGUGCAUCAUUGCCAAGGUCUUCGGUCAGGUGGACUUGCUUCAUCUCUGACUCAAAUUCUGCUGCCGCGCUAUUGCGAAACUAUAGCAACGUUGAAAAACUUUUUGAGCACAAACGCAGCAUGUUUUCUGGCAAACAAAAUCGAUUGGCUUGAAGAGAAUUUCAACUCUUUCUUCCUAAAUCUCUCUCUGUCUUCCG